AAGCUCUCCUAUUUCUGCAAGAAAGUUGAGGAAGUGAGGUUGAGGUUGAAAAUUGAUUGAGCCUUGUCAGUAUCGAUUGCUUCCGAAGUUCAGCCUAAAAAUAGCUUAACGGGCCGCAACUUUUCGUCGGCGUCCCAACAUUUGAAGCUUUCUGACAGCUUGAUAAACCAUCCUCUACAACCUCAAUUCCUCCUUCUCUUCCUCUCUUUCUUCGCAAGCUGCGGUAACAUCUCAAGAUGUCACGACUCUUGCGCCCAGCUUCUCGAUUUGUGUCGUCGUCUGCCGCGCGACCAGUAACAGUCCGAAGUUCAUUCCAAUCUUUUCCCCGACUACCGGCGACUGUUCAGAGCAGAGGGUAUGCGAAGGAGAGCGGUGUUAAGGAAUACACGGUCAGAGAUGCAUUGAAUGAAGCUCUGGCUGAGGAAUUGGAGUUGAACCCAAAGGUGUUCGUGCUGGGUGAGGAAGUCGCUCAGUAUAACGGUGCCUACAAAGUUACCAAGGGAUUACUGGAUCGAUUCGGCGACAAGAGAGUUAUCGACAGUCCUAUUACCGAAUCUGGAUUCGCAGGUUUGACAGUUGGUGCUGCCUUGGCUGGUUUACAUCCUGUUUGCGAGUUCAUGACCUUCAACUUCGCCAUGCAAGCAAUUGAUCAAAUUAUCAACUCCGCUGCAAAGACCCAUUACAUGUCCGGCGGUAUCCAACCCUGUAACAUCACUUUCCGCGGUCCCAACGGCUUCGCGUCUGGUGUCGCAGCACAACAUUCACAAGAUUACUCAGCUUGGUACGGAAGCAUACCAGGUCUGAAGGUUGUAUCUCCAUGGAGUGCAGAGGACGCCAAGGGAUUACUGAAGGCUGCCAUCCGAGAUCCCAACCCAGUCUGUGUCCUCGAGAACGAAUUGCUGUACGGUCAAACUUUCCCUAUGAGCGAGGCUGCUCAAAAAGACGACUUCGUCAUCCCAUUCGGCAAGGCCAAGGUUGAGCGCGCUGGAAAGGAUCUCACAAUCGUCACCUUGUCACGCUGUGUCGGUCAAUCUCUCGUUGCAGCAGAGAACAUCAAGAAGAAGUACGGUGUUGAGUGCGAAGUCAUCAACCUCCGCUCAAUCAAGCCCCUCGACGUCGAAUCCAUUGUCAAGUCAGUCAAGAAGACUCAUCGCCUGCUCUGCGUCGAGUCCGGUUUCCCUGCUUUCGGUGUUGGAUCCGAGAUCUUGGCUCUUACCAUGGAAUACGCUUUCGAUUAUCUAGAUGGACCAGCUCAGAGAAUCACUGGUGCUGAGGUGCCAACCCCAUAUGCGCAGAAGUUGGAGGAGAUGUCGUUCCCAAACGAGCCUUUGAUUGAGGCAUAUAUUGCAAAGAUGUUACGAUUGUAAAGGAGGAUGGAUGGUGGAGGAGGAUAGACGAUGGCAACGAGAUUCGAGCGUGUAUUUCUAUGGCGGCGGUCUAAAUGUGACAUAGUCAAUGAUACCAAUUGACACCUGCAAUGCAUUGCUGCUCUUCAGAUACACAAGAAUAUGUCUUUGUCCAUCCCUUUUUUCCCCCUUUUUUUUCUUUUCCUUGAAAACUGAAUAUGAAGUGCGCAAUCUGCGCCAAUCGCGCGGAAUGCGCUGGUUGCGCGGAUUGUUCAAUAUCUUUUCCUACUAUCGAACUCCGGCUUCUGCAGAGGUGUGUUGGUAAUACCCCCCAAAGUCCUACUCACUUCUUCUGCACCAGAACAGCAGCAUUAGCAAGAGCAAGAAAGCACCCACUGUUCUUAUAUUGUAUCAUUAAUUUCAGUAUAUUUGGUUUUGGUCUCCUUAAAUCAUCAUAAAACAAG